AUGGCUUCUCUCGUGGGCUCGAAAGGCCAACAAGUACUUUACCUUUGUCUGAUUGCGACUCUGUUGAUUGUGUGCGCAGCUUUUACCAUUGGCAUCACCUUCGCGCCCUGUCACAGCAGUCUGUGUGUUGAGCAGCUGAACCCACUUCAGACGCGCAUACACAUUGGCGUCUACUAUGCUUUGCUCACCAGCAUCGGUCUUUGUAUGGCUGCGAAGACGUACCUAUCACUAGUGCGUCGCUUCAUGGAUACGUAUAUCUGGGAUGGAGUGAUUCCAGUCACAGGCAAGCGAGUCAGCAUCGGUGGCCUGCUUUUGAUGCUGUGGAUAUUGGCUACGACAUUCGCAUCUUGCGCAUACUGGCUACCGGCUGAGCGUGACUGGUGGUACCACCGAGGUGCAUUCGUAAGCUGGACGCCAAAAGUCUUGAGCCUUGUCGCAUGGACUGGAGUCACCGGCCACUGGUGUGACAUCUGGAUUGGCUUGGUUAUGAUUCCGGUCGGCAGAAACAGCAUCAUUGGUAAGGCUUUCUCGUUGCACACGUCGACUCUGCUCUAUGCCCACAAGGUCCUCGCUUAUGGACUGUUCCUGGGCACACUAGUACACGGGAUCACUUACUAUGUUUUCGUUGCUUCGCUUGUCUCGGCAUCUGCGACCGUGCAGAACGAAUUUGUGGUCGAUAACCCUACAGUCUCGGUCACCGAAGCAGCAGCUCAGGGACCUAUAUCGUAUCUAGUGCUCCCGACCGGCGUUUUUGCGUUUGUACUGCUCGUGGCCGUUACAAUUACGUCUUUGCCGAUCCUUCGCCGGAAAAGCUUCAACACCUUCUAUUUUGUGCACAUCAUACUGGUCGUCAUCAUCUUGGUGUUCGCUUGUUUGCACGCUAGUACGAACUUCUACUUCUUACUACCUGGUCUUUUGCUCUGGGUCGCGGAUUGGGUUUGGCGACUUCGGAACUCGCUCACCAACAAAGUAGAAGCCGUCGUGGAGAAUGCUGGCAAUGGCUGGACCAGAGUCACGCUACCUCCCAAGCGACUUGAGACAGCCAGUAGCGGUGAGAAGGGUACAAGCAUCAUGUCGCCAGCAUUCGAGAUUUCGGUGCUCUCAACUUACUACAUCAACUUCCCACGGGUCAGUAAGCUCCAGAUCCAUCCAUUCACAGCAGCAAGCGCUGGAUCUGCGGAGACUGGGCCAGUGUUGUUGUUCCGGAGAGGGCCGGAGAGGAAGAAAGCCCGGCGCACGCAGAAGGAAUUCACCUGGGCACUAGCUGCUGCUGCUGGGGACAUCCCUGAAGUCCCAUCAUCGAUAGAGGUCCGUAUCGAAGGUCCCUACUCGCCUGCAGUCCCGGAGUUGCGUCGCUCGAAUCAUCUUCUCCUGAUAGUCGGUGGUACGGGGAUUACCGGAGCUAUAAGCAUUGCGAAUUGGUGGGCAGAUAACUACGGAUCUAGAACCGACCAAUCGAGAUCGCUCCGCCUCCUAUGGUCGGUCCGCACUGAGGACGAAGUGCAUCUUCGAGAAAUACAGGAUUUACGAAUCACCAUGGCGGUGUUUCGGAACAUGGAAAUUGCCAUACACGUUUCCGGUCAUCAAGGUCGACUGCAGCCAGGCAACGAGCUAAGCGAGUUUCUGGCCACGCGCGCUGGUCCACACAUUGAUGCCUGGGUGUAUGUGUCAGGCCCUGACGGCUUGCUUGCGGCUGCGGAGGCGGCGUGCGUUGGACAAGCGAAGCGUCUUCGCCACGGAACUCGGUCGGAGAGCAAUGGGGAGACGAAUACGACCAUCAUCGGGUUUCGGUGGUAUAUUGCGAGAUGGUCUCUUUGA